AUGGGAACCAUUACACCACCACCAAGCAACCGCGGCACACCAGCCCGCUUAGACGCUCCCCAAGAGGCCUCGAUGGAAGUCGAUAGCGUCCCUCAGUCCCCCAUCACCGGUCCCAGUUCCGCGACCUCAGCGCCAACGACCGACAUCCCGUCGCCAGUCAAGGGCUCCGAUACCGAGGACGACGAUGGCCCCGUCGCCAGCAACAACCCUGUCGCCCCCGAGGAGGAAUCUGCCGGCCCCGCCGUGAACGACUUGCUAACCACCGGGUGGCUGUCCAAGAGCCGCAAGUCGCGCGAUAUGUUCGACGGACACAUAGUCGACCGCUGGAACGCCGAGUUCGGCGACCUCUUCGACCUUUCCGAUGCUGCGCCCUAG